AUGGAUGGGGACGGAGGCCAGCGCGCCGACCUCUUUUCGCGCGUCCUCCGCGGCGCUGAGCAAACCACAGUAAGCGACAACAGUAGCGCUGCUAUUGGUGGGUUUUUAGUGUGCCUGGACGUUCCAGCGGCCACAGAAUUCGGUGUGGACUACGAGGUUUUCCGCACCGGCCCUAAAUUUCAGGGUGUCAAGUUCCUCCCAUUAGGAAUCCACUUCGUGCUCUUCCGCUCUCACGAACAGGAGCACGGUAUCCGUCAAGGGUUUUUCAUUAAUGUAGAGCGUCAUGCACAAGUUAUUGUGCGCGAGUGGAGCUUGGAGAAGGAGGAACUGGGGCCGCCACGACCAGGACUUAACGUGGAAAACCUUGAGCGUGCUGUGCUGUCGUUCCAGCUGGACAGCGGACUGGGGCCGUACCCGAAGCAGCAUCUGAAGACGUGGCAGCGACUUUCCAACUUCAUUUCUGCCUCCGUGCUGCAGCGCUGUGGUGUGGAGUUUGGAGCCAUUCUUCUACCAGGUGACGCGGUUGAAGAUGCUGCAACCUCAUCCAAGACCCAGGACGGAGUUAUUCCAUACUUCCCUGAUCUACCUCGGACAGUCCGGUUUACUGUGCUACAGAAGACACGAACAGAUCUGGUGGCGCAGGCGAGGACAGCUUAUCACUUCGAUCGAAGCCAGCGGGUUGAAGAGCUGAUCGAGACGGAGUUUGGCGGCGACUGGAAGGAACUCAUCGGCGAAUUGCAAUUAUCGUUCCUGGUUUUCCUGCAGUUGUCGUCUCUUGCAGCACUAGAACAGUGGAAGCAGUUCAUUGCACUGAUGUGCUCGUGCGAGCGAGCACUUUCGUCACAUGUAUGGCUGUUCCUGGCUUUCAUCAAGCUCUUCAGAACACAAUUAGAGCAGAUCCCAGAGGACUUUUUCCAGGACGAAACGACUAGCGAGAACUUCUUGAGGCCCUGCUUGCUGUCUCUACUGGAGUUGAUUGAGGAUGACGACGCUCCAUCGCAGCUCCGACUGAAGGCCUUCCACUUACGACAACUUCUAGCCAGUCGCUUUCAUUGGGACUCGACUGCUGAGUUAGAACUGGACGAGUUUGCGCCGGUUGUAGUGCCAGAAGAAGAGCUCCUCGACGCUGCGACCGCCACGACGAUGCAAAACGAUGUUGACACGAUCUCUCCAUUGCCACCCAUGCCAUCCGCUGCCUCUGCGGCGCUGCACCGCCAUCAACAAGAGGAGCAAGAGAACGCGGCAAUUGCCGGUGCAUUUCUUGGCAACUAA